CAUAAAUUAAUGAGAAAGUUGAAUCAUAUAUCAAUAUAUGCUUUCACAGUUCGAGCAAUUCAUAGUCAAAUAGCAAUCAUAGGAGGAGGUACAGCAGGAUUGAAUGUUUCUGCAUAAUUGGUUCGAGAUGGCCAUUUUAUCCCAUAACAGAUUCGUAUAUUUGAACCAUAUAAGAUGCAUGCCUAUUAAACAGGAUGGACUAUGGUUGGUAGAUUAAUUAUUAUUAAAUCAAGGUGGUGGUAUGUGUAAAGUAUAAUAAACAAUGAAACCCAUGGAAAAGGUUCUACCAAAAAAUGUAUGUCUAAGUGAUUGUCCAGUUGUGAGAAUUGAUCCAGAAUAAAAUACAAUAAUAACAAUGGAUGGAUAGAAAUACACAUAUGAUUAAUUAGUUGUGGCAAGUGGUGUGCAACGAGAUUAUGCAUCCAUUAAAGGUAUAAAUUUAUAUAUAUCUUAGGUGCCUUAUAAUAUCUUGAAAAUCCUGAAGCACCUGUAGGAAGCAUCUAUUAUUAUAGAUAUGCUCAGAAGAUUGAUAAAAUGAUUAAAGAGUUUGAAGGGGGUAAAUUAAUAUUUUCAGAACCACUUACUAAAUGUGAGGGAAUACCAUCAAAUAUGGUAUUCUUAACUCAUGAAAGAUUAUCAGCUAGAGGUGUUAAAUGUGAUUUCCAUGUUUAUAAAGCCAAUGAUACUAUUUUUGGUAUCCCAAAAUACUCAGAAAUACUUGGAGAAUUAGCACAUGAGAAAGGAUUACAUUGUCAUUUAAAAAAACGAUUAAUUGAAGUUCAAGAUCAUAAAGUCAUCUUUGAAGAUGUUGAAACUAAACAACUAUUUACAUCUGAUUAUGAUUUUCUACAUAUAGUGCCACCUUAAGUAAAUAUAAAUUUAUAUUUUUAUUUAGAAACCAGCAGCAUUUAUUGCUGAUAGUGGAUUAGGUGAUUCAGAUGGUUAUGUUAAUAUACAUCCAAAUACUCUUUAACAUGUACGAUAUUCUAAUGUCUGGGCUUUAGGAGAUUGCUCUUCUCUUCCUACAUCCAAAACUGCUGCAGCUGUAAUGGCUUAAACUCCUGUGUUAAUCAAAAAUCUUAUUAGAACAUGGAGAUUAAAAUAAUCACCUCUACCAGAAUAUCAAGGUAUGAAAUUCAUCAUUACGUUAUCAAGGCUAUACCUCUUGUCCUAUUUACACUUCCAAUAAGAAGGUUUUACUUGCAGAAUUCAAGUACAACAAAUAAUUAGAUGAAACUUUCCCUGUGUUCCAAUCUUCUGACAGCAAAGCCAUGUAUUUGUUGAAGAAGCAUUUCUUUCCAUUUGCAUAUUGGCAAUUGAUGGUUAGAGGUCUUUGGGGAGGUAGAGAUGGAAUAAGAUUGUUCAAAGGAAUUUGAAAAAGAUGUUAAUUUCAUUUAAAUAUAAUAAUUAUGUUAAAAUAUAG